CCCGUUCUUGACAUAUUGGACAUGUGCUACUUGGCCGCCCAACCUACUGUGUAUCGAGAUUCAUGUGAAGUUUUUGCCUUGUACUUAUUGAAGUAGAUCGACAACGGAAGGGAAAAGUAAGCUUCGCGUGGGAAUGCGAAUUCGAGUAAUUGGAGUUCUGGGGUAAAACAGAAGUCUUUUGAAGUGUAGGAGCGAGCACGGGGUGAUGCAGGUUAUUGCUUCUUCGUAUGCCACUGAACAGUGGCAUACGAAGAGACGGGCCAGUUGCUUGGAACAGCGUACGAGUGUAUCGGAGUGUCUGGAGGAUUACAGAGUGGUAGGCGACGAACCACGGAUGCUGAAGUAGUGUUGAAGUUUCGCACGCGAAGAACUGCCGAUAGUACGCGGGAUGUAGGCACAUCAAGAAAUCAUGCACCGCUACUCUGCCGCUGGGAGCAGCAGUGGGGUUGGAAAUAACUCUGGCAGCGGGGGAGCUUCCAGGGAAACGAGAGGAUCCGAGUCUUCUUUCACCUCGUCAACGACCUUCUCUCUUCCCUCUAGACGCACAAAUCAGCAGCUCGUGGCAUACAAGCUCAAGUGCGAGAGGGAGCCUCUGAGUAUACGUUUGGGACCUCCAGACUUUUAUCCUCCAGCUCCAAAUUGUGCAGAAGAAAUUCUCAAUCGAGAGUCUUGUGUAAAUGGUUACAAGGAAAUCAUUGACGGUGUUGAGGAGACUAAUGAGGCCAAAUUAUCACUUACUUCGCCAGCCUAUAACAAUAUCUGGAACAAGCAAAACGUCAAUCGAUAUAAGGAGGCAAUAAGGAAGCGCCUUCGUGCCCUCAACAAUGCUCUUGUCCGGAAAAGAAAGGCCGGUCAGAUUUAUGGAGUUCCACUGAGUGGAUCUCUUUUAAAUAAGCCGGGGGGCUUUCCUGAACAACGUACAUGCGGAGAAGACUUCAGGAAGAAGUGGAUUGAGGAUUUGUCGCAGCGGAAGAGGUUAAGAAGUCUCGCAGAGCAUGUUCCUCAUGGCUAUCGUCGUCGUUCUCUCUUUGAGGCCCUUAUCAAGCAUGAAGUUCCUUUUAUUCGAGCAACGUGGUUUGUCAAAAUCAUGUACCUCAAUCAAGUGCGGCCGUUAUCUAUCGGAAUGUCCGCCGGGGGUCCUGAUAAAUCACAAGCCAAACGUGUGGAGCUUUGGACGAAGGACGUCCUAGAGUAUGCGCAGACUCUUCUUGAUGAACUCACCAGCACGCACACAGCAGCCGUGUCAAGCCGUCAGUCCCCGAAGCUUCAGCAAGGAGGAGAUAAUGCCCAACAGACUACUGAUUCCGGAGAAUCUGAGGCACAAUUGAAGUGGAGAUAUCUUGUUCGCCUUGCGCAGUGGCACCAUUCAGAGGGACUCUUACAUCGAGCACAGGUUGUUGACUGGGCUUUGAAACAACUCCAGGAGAAAGAGUCAGUGGAAGCAUUGCAAUUACUCCUUCCUGUUAUAGUGAAAGUUAUAGAUGGCCUUUCUCUGUCGCAGACACACGUUCGCGUGCUUGUAGAUGUAUCGCUUCAGUGGUUACAAAAGCUUUGCCCCAACGGCCUUUUCCCCGACUUACUCGAUUGCCCUCAUUUGGCCUACUGUGCGACAACACUUACAGAGCUUCUGCGUUAUCUGCUUCUUGUUGUUCCCGACACAUUUGUGGCAUUAGACUGCUUCCCGUUGCCAGCGUGUGUUUGUCCAUUACAGCCAAAACAGGAGUUUUUUCCCCGCCCAGUAUUAUCAGGAGAGGGGGAGAGCAAAGACGUGUCUGUUCUGAAGGGUGUGUCAGAUUCAGCAGAAGACAUUAAAGAGACAACUACGGGAGCAGUUGGCACACUUGAGAUGCGAUGCUCACUGAAAUCUGGAAAGCUUUCAAACCACAGGGAGAAGUUGAUAGGUGAUGUUGUCGAUGGAAUCCAAAAGCGUGCUGCAUCUCUUGCAAAAGCCGUAAAUCCUGGACUACUUCGAAAUAAUGAGGGAAAGGUCGUACAGGGUUUGGAUAAAGCACUCACAGCGGGAGAUGUCCAAGGUGCUUGUCGCUGUGUGUUUGAUGAGGAUUUCUGCAGCAGUGAACAACUCCCGGAUAAUUGGCAGGCCGACGUUACUGCUGGCUUUGGUAGAACCCCUACUCUUUUGACGAAUGUGAACUCUUCUGAACUAUUUGCAAUUCGCUUCCUUUGUGAGUGGGCUGUGUGUGAUUUUCGAGAUUCGAGGGGUCCUGGCAGUUUUCCUGAUAGGAAGGGCGCAAGUGUGAAGGACAUGUCUAGGGUGUACAUGGCCGUUUCAGUUCUUCGAACGAGAAUGGAAGAGCUGACUGAUAAGUGGAGAACGAAUAUCAUAGCUCGGAGCAGUGAUUCCCAUUCCAACGGUGAACUGAGUGUCCAAGCUAAAUUUCGAAGUAGGAGGAAUGGAAUUAAGGAUGAAUACUGGGAAAACAUUUUCGGUUCAAGAUGUGAAGGUCUGGGUAUUGAUCGUAAACACCAUUCGGAGCCCUUGCACGAUCUCAUAGUUGCCUGGCUUGAUCAGCAUGAAUUGCAUAAAGGGGAUAGUUCUGAGAGGCUCCAGCUUUUGCUUUCAGAGCUUGUUCGCGAAGAUCUUUUCUGGCCACACGUCUAUGUUAGGCAGCUUCUUUGCAGUGGCGUUUUGGAAAGAAAUGAAACUGCAACAGAUCGGUCACGUGCUGCUCGUCAUAAGUUACUGCUGAGAAACUUGCAGGGGCCGUCGCAAGACGAUGAUAAUGACUUGUCAUUCCUAGAAUCUUUCCGCUUAUAUAGAAAUGAGCGUUAUCUUGCUCUGCAUGGCUACAAUAAGGUAAAUGGGAAACCUGGAGGAGAUGCUUCGAAGCCCGAGCGGGGUCCACCUCAACAGCCGCCAGGAGGUGUUUUUGGUAGGGUGGACGUUUGGUUGAAUAAUGGUGCAGAGGCGAGGACUAAUCUCAGCAGUCAAGAUAGUCGUGCAAUUGUUAGUAGGAAUGAGAAACGCGAAUUGAAGCUUCUCGAAUUGAAACAGGCCAUAGCAUCGUGCCUACAAUUUCCUGAUGGGUAUUUGGACCAUACUGCCAGCAAUGAAUACAAGAAUCACAACUUGUUCAAAAGGCAAACUGCAUCACCUUCCAGCAGCCUAGAUAAGACAGAAGCUACUCCAGGAUGCGAGGAGUGUAUUAGGAACAAGCGUCCGAGAACGAUGGAUGGCAAGGCAUGGGUGAGUCAAGUAAUGCCUCUUGCUUCCAUGGACGAAGAGGAUUCUUGGUGGCUACGCAAGGGACAAAAGGCGUUAGACGCUGUGAAGGUAGAACCACCUGUCAAGCCUCCUUUGAAGCAAAGUGCUCGAGGUAGGCCAAAAACCGUGCGAAAGACUCAGAGCCUCGCUCAAUUGGCAGCUGCUCGAAUAGAGGGCAGCCAAGGUGCUUCAUCCAGCCACUCAUGUGAAAGUAGGGUGAGUUGUCCUUAUCAUAGAUCAGUGCCUGAGGGAUCAAGCAACUCGAACCUAAUGGUAAGGAGGAAAGGCCUUUCAAGCAGUGAUGUUCGUGCCAUUGGAAGUUGUGUUCGGCGGUUGAGGCUGAACGAAAAGAAAUUUCUCGCGAGCUGGUUGGACUUGGUCGUACGUCGCCUUGUAGCUGGUGGUGAAGGAGGCACUUGUGUUCGAUGGAGGCUCAACGAGGAGCAACUGGCUGUCGUUAUCUAUGUUCUAGAUGUAGCGAAUGAUUUUCAUACUCUUGUUCAGUUGGUCUUGUGGUUGCUGCCAAUUGCACCAGUAUCUCCAGCAGCACCACCUGGUCAUGGCAAUCGAGGCAUUGCUACACUACCUUGGAUCAGAGAAAAUUCUACAUGUGAUGUCGGUGAAUCAGUACUUCUGUCUUGUCUUCGGAGAUACGAAGGGCUGCUUGCGGCGAUGGAUAUUCUUCCACAAGCCUUAUCCGCUGGAAUGCAGCGUGCAGCAAACUUAAUGUCUGUGGUACCAGGUGGUCGGGCAGGUUGCUCAGCAUUGCUGUUGUAUGUGCGUGAUUUGUUGAGAAAGUAUGGCAGUCUUGUUAGUGUACAAACCUGGGAAAAGAAUUGGAAAGGGACAUGUGACCAGAGAUUGGUUGCCGAACUUGAAGCUUUGAAAGCUGGGGACAGCGAAGGUGGUUUCGGCUUGGUGGGAUUGUCCAGUUCAAGCAUGGGAGAUGACCGCGAUGAUCCUGUACCUCAGAGACUGACCGGACGGCUGAGUAGGGUCGGAGUAAAUCUGAAGGAGAUCAUUCAAAGAGGUAUGAGUGAGGCUUUAGGACAGAUGAUGAACAGAGAAAGAGAAGCUGCUGUGGGUAGUUGUUUGAAAGAAGGUGUUAUCGAAAAAACUGACGAAUGCUUCGUGGCUGCUCAACGGGUUGUUGGAGGUGUGAUGGACACUAUACGGCAGAAUGGUGGCGGAGUGAUGCAGGCCGAUUCAGCUCUUGUUGCAAGUGCUGUCACUCUAUUCGUAACCAAUGCUGCGGCUGCAGUUGCUAAUGUCUUUGAAUCACUCGGCGCGAGCAAUCAUCUCGGCACAAGUGUGACGGGUUUGGGCCCUUCUUUGAGAUGUUCUCGAAGAGUUCUUCAAAUGCACAUGCUCUGCCUGCGUCUGCUCAAAGAAGCACUUGGCGAGCGUCAUAGUCGGAUGAUCGAGGUCGUACUGGGUUCUGAGGCUAGUACAUUGGUGCUUCACUCGUUGCAGCAUCCUUCAGGACGUGUUCCUCGAACACAAUUUCAACCAUCACCCGAAACUCCUGACAAUUCUGUCCUUGCAAAUGAUCUUGGAAUUGGGGCUAAUUAUUUGGCAAGGGCUAGUAUUUCAGCUGCUGCUGUGGCCGCUUUGGUAGCAGGUGUGGUUGUGCAGGGCACAGCAACAUUGGAGAGAAUGGUUUCAGUUCUUAAAUUGAGAGAAAACCUGGAGACCGUGCAGAUUUCGAAAACCGUUGGUCCAAGUUCUAAUGGGAUUUCUCGCACGACCGGUGGGAAUAACAACAAGGAGCAUCUCGCCGAGGCACACGUUUAUUGGUUCCGGGUUUUGAUUGGAAACUGUCGGAUGGCUGGGGGUGGUUUGGUUGCGGACUUUUUGGGUGAUUCUAAUGUUCUAAGCCUAGCCCGCAUGCAGCGUACCAUGCCGCUCACUGUAGCUUUUCCACCUGCCUAUGCUCUUUUUGGAGCUGCCCUGAGGAGGCAACCGCCGGCUUAUAAUAAUAUUGCAGUACGUGAGGAUCAUGUGCUACAAGCUGCAAUUAAUGCAGUCAACGAAGUAGUAGCCCAUGAGCCCUUUCGAGACGUCUGUCUUCGUGAUACUCGCGCGUUAUACCUUCUACUGUCAUCCGAUUCCGGUGACAGUGAUUAUGCCGCUCUGUUGGAUAUCCAAGGUCUGGAUGCUCGUUCAAAAGGAGCUGCAAUGGUCCCAUUGCGUGCACGACUUUUCCUCCAUGCGUUAUUAGAUCGCGGAUUGCCACCUUCUUUGUUGCAGGAUGAGGAGGCAUGGGGUCAUGGACGCGCUGAUGUCAGAAGUCGCUUUCCUACUGAACCUCAACAGCUGGAGCAGUUGGUUCGAAUACUAGAUGAUUUGCAGCCGGCAACAUAUCACUGGCAGUGGGUGGAGCUUAGACUGUUGCUUAAUGAGCAAGUUUUUAUGGAGAAACUUGAUGGGAUGAGUGCAUUGGAAGCCGUGCAGGCGGCAGCCGCUGGAUCGGACGCAGGCCAGCUAUCUGAAUGCGAGAAAACCUUUACUGAAGUGGUGCUUACCAGGCUCUUAGUACGUCCUGAUGCAGCAGCUCUUUAUUCGGAAGCUGUGCACUCUCUUGGGCGAGCAUUAGAGGAGUACCUUAUCUUGCAAGUCAAGUGGGUACUGGAAGGAACUGAUAUGCUUCUUGGUCGCAGAUCUCUUCACCAGCUCCUUGAUAAUAUUGCACAUCGAAAAGGAUUUUCUGUUGGUACCCGACGAGUUCCAGCAUGGGGUUGGCAACCUCCAGGCUAUUGUGGAGAGAUGGGUCAGCCUUUAGGGUCCGAGAAACGAACGGACACUGCCUCUCCUGAAGAAGGUGAAGUAGCUGAGGAUGGUUCGGAUUGGAGAAAGACGGAUGCGAAGCAAAGCAGGAGUGGGAUAUCGGGUCAUGAUCAAGAUGUAUCGAAUGGUCGGCAGUUUGCUAUCGAGAAGGCCUUGGCAGAUUUGGUGCUACCUUGUUUGGCUCGCAGCUCGAAUGAAACUUGCAAUGGUUUCGCCUUUGAACUUAUCAAACAAAUGAGUAACUUAGAGCAGCAGAUAACCUUACUCGCACGUUCUGUUGGGAAACCUGUUUCAGCGUCCGCUUCCAGUGGAGAGUGUAUGGGCGGUAAAGGUGCAGGAAUGAGGCGAGGAGCCAGAGCUGGGUUUGAGACCAGUAGCCCUGGCAUUGGGAGGAAGUUCAUUGGUUCAACUGCAGAAUCUGCUGCAGUGUCUGCGGCUGCUUUGCAAACUUCAAUGUGGUUGCGACUCCAAUUUCUUCUCCCUUUGUUACCAAUCAUACAUACUGACAGAGAACAGGCGGGUCGUAACAUGAGGCAAACUUUGGCUCCGGUCCUCUUGCGGCUUCUAGGUACGCGUGUCGUACAGGAAGCUACCGAAUCACCUCAUCCUGUCUCUGCCCGAGACCUUGAAAGAAACGCCGAGGCUUCGUCUGCAGCAGCAACAUCAGCGGCAGGGGAGAAUCUGUUUGACCGUCUUCUCAGUGUCUUGCAUGCGCUUCUCAGUAGCACAUGGGCUGUAUGGCUAAAACCCCGGCCUACAACUAAAGGUCCUUCAAAACUACUACGGGAAGUUCCACCUUUUGACCGUGAGUCGGCUGAGCGCAUGCAGAUUGAGUUGGAAAACAUGCAACUUCCACGUUCUGCUCGUGCAAGACUUCAAGCUGCACUGCCAUUGCUGGCGAUCUCUCCUCCUAUGACCAUUGCUGCGAGCCCUUCGCAAGUAUUAAUUCACUCUUUGUCUGUUCUCAACCAAGGGAGUUCAGUUCCAUCGUCUACUGGAUUUGGCACCAUUGGAAUUGGCCAAAAGGCCUUAUCGUCUAGUGAAAGUAAUGUAGGCAAGGCCAAAUCUUCGUCGAUGCCAGAGUUAGAGAUGGAAUUUGAUCCAUGGACACUUCUUGAGGAUGGCGUCGGAUCAGGAAGUAGUAAUGGUAUCAGUGGCGGUGAUGCUGGAAAUCUGAAGGCAUGCAUCUGGUUAAAGGGCUCCGUUAGAGUUAGACGGGGCGAUUUGACGUAUGUGGGCGCCAUAGACGAUGAUUCGUGAUUUUCAAUCAGGUCACUGACUGACCCGCAGCGCAGCUGUUGUGUCUGUACAAUGUCUGAUCUUCCCUUAUAUUUCAGGGAGAUACCUUGAUGUCUAGAAGCCCGCUGCCCGAUGUUUGGAUGGUUCUUUGGAUGCAUGCACUUCGAACUAUUGUUCAUCCUAUAGUGCGUGAAUAGGAAGGUUAUUACUUUUGGUGACUUUCAGACUAUUGUCCUUUUACAAUGAAAUCUCUGCUGGAAAGAGUUGCAAGAGACAUGCGGAUCCCAUCCGGAUUUUGCUAUCCAUAAUAUGAAAAAUUCCGGCACAAAUUCUAGCCCC